CGAUUAUAUUGUUACGUUACUUUAGCAAUUGCUAUGAAACGAAAUAAUAAGGAAAGUGAGAAGCAUACCAAUCAGGCCCAAUACAAGUGCCCAAAUACCAUAAAAGUAGCACAUAAACACAUAAAAACAAAGUCCACACACAGAGAAGUCCCACAAACCUUGUCGAUUUGCAUCUCCACGUGCACAACCGUCGUCGCUCGAAGUAUCACCACAGGUCGACCACCAACAAUGCACACCGCUCGAUCGAGAAACACCCAAUCAACAAGACAAACAAUAAGCAUGAUUGCUCGAAUUUACCAAUCCAUAUGGAAGAUCGGAGCAUGACUAGCACAAGAGAAUCGUCACUCGUCUCCAAACCUUACCUCAUCGGACCAGACACCUUCAGUUGCUUUCAAGCAAUGGGUGCCUCAUGAUGAAACACAGAGAUUUAAUCUAAUAUCUUCUAAUAUCCCGACCGCAUCAUAGUCCAUUCACAAAAGGAAGGUUUCUAAGGAUCACCAAUAUAUGUUACUUGCAAAACAAGAAGGUAAACUUAUAGAUUAUUGGAUUUGCUCUAACCAAACUAUCAACCUUAUAUGUAAUGAUCCAAUCAUUUUUAUUGUCGAAUUCAGCUAUAUAUGUAUGAGGUCUCAAUUCUGGAACAUGCUUGUGUCAUAUAUGCUCCAAGAUCUUACCUCAUUGAAGAUAGUAGGUCAAAAGAUGUCGACGGGGAAAAAUCAUUGCCCAAAAAAUCAGGCUGACCAGACCAAAAACCAAACUACAAGUGAACUACAGUACUACAUCUCCAAGAACAUGUUUCUCGUCAAUCAUUCGCUCAUAAAAGGGAGAAAAAGGUCCAAAAACAAAAUUUCCCUCCCUUCCUUUCCUUCUUUCAACUUCGCUCUUUCUCUCUCUACCACUGCGCCUUCCUCCCACCACCACCACGCUGUUCUCUGCCUUCGGAUUCAACAUUUCCGGGCGCCAACUGAAACCCUAGAGAGAGAGAGACUUACCUAGAGAGAAACAGAGUGAAAAAUGGAAAACUGAUUCACUUCCACGUUCACGCAGGGGAAAGAGACAGAGAGAGAGAGAGACAGAGAGAGAGAGAGCAGAGCAGCGCUUGUUUAUCAUUCGUAUCUCCAGCGGCCCCCCUCUCUAAUUCAAUCUCCUUCUCUGUAUCCUCACUGACUACAAUAUUCCCUUCUUCUUCCUCUCCCUAUCUCCAUUACUAUCUCCCUCAGAUCUGCAUAAACUCCCCUGUUCUGCUUCCCAUCUUUCACCGUCAAAUGACAAAUGAGGCCGCCUCCAUGAUUGGACGGAUUAUAAUCAGCAGCAGCACUCGCCCUUCUUACUAGGCCUUGACCAAUCCCUUUGACUCCCAUGGCGGAUUUCCGAGUUGCUGAUCUCCACCUGAGAAAAGAGCUGACCCAAAUCAGAAAAGCCUCCCGCGUCCUCCGCGACCCUGGCACCUCUUCCUCCUGGAAGAAAUCCCCUCUCCCCCUUCCUUCCUCGUCUGCCUCCAGAUCUGCCACCGCCGCCGCUCCUCCCUCCUCCGAUUCCCACAAUGCCGCCGCCGCCGCCGAACCCAUUUCCGACCGUCCUGUUUUUCUCUACAAUUGGAAGUCCUCCAACCACAAAGCCCUAAAUGCGGACGGUGACGAGGGUGAUUACUUCUACGGCGAGUCCUGCUCCCUGCAGGAACAGAGCAUCGACGGCAGCCUCACGGGGGAGGACUCCAGGAGCGACACUAUUGCAUUCUCCUCCUCCGCCGCUUCCAAGAUUCUCCGCUGCCGCGACGCUGCAGCUCUCGCUUCUCCAUCGAUUAACAAGCGAGCUGCUCCGAACAAGAAGCAGCGGGGUAAGAAAUUUGGUGCUACCCGGUCGGAUGUUUUGUCUAGAUAUAGCCACCACAACCACAAACCCCACCUUAAUCUGACACCAUUGCUUAGAAAUCAUCAUUCUCUGGCUUUAGCCCUAGGCAGCAGGGAUGGGACUUCCGUUGACCAUUCCGAUGCUACAACCGAGGACUAUGGUUAUGCUCGUUCGGAGGAUUUGAGGAAGUUGCCUUCUUCCGCUUCUCCAUUGCUGUUGAAGCUUAGGAAUAAGAACUGGGCUCGUUCGCCUGCUACGUUUUUGAAGAAGGGUAGUCAAAAGGAGGAGUCUUUUUGCUCCUACAACACACCUGCAUUGUCGACUAGCUCGUACAAUCGGUACUACAAUCGUAAUGCGAGUACUGUUGGAUCUUGGGAUGCUACCACGAACGAUGGAGUGGAUGAUGAGGAGGAUGAGGAGAAUUUGGAUUUGCCAGGUGGACAUGGAUGUGGCAUUCCUUGCUACUGGUCGAGGAGGACGCCGAGGCACAGUAGGGGGUCGUGUGGUGGUAGUUGCUGCUCUCCUUCGCUCUCGGAUACAUUGAGGAGGAAAGGAAGUCGGAUUCUUUGUGGUGGUAGUCAGUCGAUUGGUCAUCGAUCGAGGCGUUCGUUAUCGGUGUCUAAUAAGCGGAGGAUGGGGUCGAGAAGUGCUCAGGGAGUUCUGCCAUUGCUGGCUGGUGGCAGAGGGGGAUCAUCGAUUGGUACUGCUUGCAGUGCCAGUGAUGAUGAGCUAUCUACAGCAAACUAUGGGGAGCUUGAUUUGGAGGCCUUGAGUAGAUUGGAUGGGAGAAGGUGGUCAAACUGUAGGAGUGCCGAGGGACUUGAGAUUGUUCCAGUGAAUGGAGGAGAUCUUGAAGGGGAAACUAGUCCAGAAAGUAUCAGAAGUUUGAGCCACAAGUACAAUCCAGUCUUCUUCAGUGAACUAAUUGGCCAGAACAUUGUUGUUCAAUCGCUUACGAAUGCUGUUUCUCGGGGGAGGAUUGCCCCGGUCUAUCUUUUCCAGGGACCUCGCGGAACUGGGAAAACAUCAGCAGCCAGGAUUUUUAGCACUGCUUUGAAUUGCACUUCUACUGGUGUAACUAAACCUUGUGGGCACUGUUCAUCUUGUGCUGACUUCGUUUCUGGAAAUAGCAGGUUUAUGUGGGAAUUUGACGGGACAAGUAAGCAAUGUGCUGAUAAAAUGCGAUACCUUCUCAAAAUGGUUUCUCAAGCUCGCCAAUUGAGCUCUUCACAUUAUCAGGUGUUUCUGGUUGAUGAGUGUCACCUGCUGCCAUCUAAGUUGUGGUUGGCAUUCCUCAAGUUCCUUGAGGAGCCACAUCGGCGUGUGGUGUUCAUAUUCAUCACAACAGAUCCUGACAACGUGCCACGAACGGUGCAGUCCCGAUGUCAGAAGUACCAGUUUAACAAAAUUAAAGAUGCAGAUAUUGUAUCGCGAUUGAGGAAAAUUUCUAGUGAAGAGAAUCUGGAUGUCGAAUCCGAUGCACUGGACCUUAUAGCUAUGAAUGCAGAUGGUUCGCUUCGAGAUGCUGAGACUAUGUUGGAACAGUUGAGUCUUUUGGGGAAAAAGAUAACUACAUCAUUGGUGAAUGAACUUGUUGGAGUUGUCUCAGAUGAGAAAUUACUGGAACUCUUGGAGUUGGCAUUGUUAUCAGACACUGCGGAAACAGUGAAAAGAGCCAGGGAUUUGAUGGACUCAGGGAUUGAUCCUAUGGUAUUGAUGUCUCAAUUGGCUAGCCUUAUAAUGGACAUCAUUGCAGGAAUUGGCAAUGCAGGUGAUGCCAGAUCCAGCAAUUCAUUUUUUGGUGGAAGAAACUUGACUGAAGCAGAAGUAGAAAGAUUAAAAAAUGCCUUGAAGAUUCUGUCAGAUGCUGAAAAACAACUACGGUUUUCCAGUGAUCGUUCAACAUGGUUCACUGCAACCCUUUUACAGCUUGGUUCAGUGCCUUCACUAGAACUGACGAUCUCAAGCAGCAGUAAAAGGGGUAGCAGCUCCAGGACGACUGAGGAAGAUCCUUCAAGUGCUUCAAGAGAAGCAUCGGUCUACAAACGCAAGUCAGAUGCUCAGUAUCUACAAAGGAGAUCUAGUUCACCUGCUUCCUUGUAUGAUGCAAUGAAUGGUAGCUCAUUUGGGUUGAAUUGCAAGUCCCCUCAUAGCCAAUUGAUGGGUACCUGUAGCUCGUCUCUCUCUCUGGAUGGGAGCAUGUCUGGUGACACACCAUCUCGACUUAGGGACUCGGAAAAGUUGGAUUUCAUCUGGGAGAAAUGCAUUGAAAAGUGUCACUCAAAGACUCUGAGGCAGCUGUUACAUUCACAUGGGAAGCUUUUGUCCAUAGCGGAAGUUGAAGGUGUGCUGGUUGUGUAUAUUGCAUUCAUUGAUAGAGAGAUUAAAGCAAGAGCUGAAAGGUUUAUGAGCAGCAUCACAAACUCAAUAGAAAUGGUCUUGAGACGCAAUGUAGACGUUAAAAUUAUCCUCGUCUCUGAUGCCAACUUUCUUGUGAAUGGUUCACAUCAAAGUGAACCCAAAAGAGAGGGAGGUCGCUCAAAUCCACUAAAUGGUCAUGUGGAGCGUAGUGGCCAGGAAAGUAAGCUUAAGGGAGGGGCAGCAGGUGACCACUCUAAGUUGUCACAAGAAUUGCUUCCUCAAGCUGAUGGCAGUGACAUGAAGGAAACUGGGGCAGGGAUACCAAUGCAGAGAAUAGAAUCUAUCAUCCGGGAGCAGAGGCUAGAAACUGCAUGGUUACAAACAGUAGAGAAAGGCGGUACGCCAGGGACUAUAAGCCGGCUAAAACCUGAGAAGAAUCAGGUGCUACCUCAAGAGGGGAUAUACCACCAUCAAGAAAGUCACAUGGAAACUUCAAAGUCAACAACGGGGUUGUCUCCUCAUCAAUGGGAAGAUGAGUUGAAUCAAGAACUGAAGGUUCUAAAGAUGCAAGAACCAAAGGAGGUCUUGAUAAAGGAUCAGCUUGGUAGAAGGGCUGGCCACACUCCAAUGUCACCUAGCAUGCUGCAUAAUAAUGACAUCACCAACUUCUCGAACAAAGAAAGCUUGUUCAGCGGGGGAUAUGAGUCGAGCACGGCAGGUGGAGGUUGCAGCGGGCUAUUCUGUUGGAAUGCACAAAAAUCUCACAAGCGAAAGGAGAAUGUUGCUACCGUGCGUUCUCGUCGAAGAGUUGGAGGUUUUUCAUUGUUUGGUGAGUGUGGGAAGCAAAAGAAGAGUGAGAGCAGAUUUCGAAGAAGGUAGCUCAGCUGGCAAAAAUCUGCAUGCACUUGUUGAAACUUGUGGGUCUGUUGUUUCUUCUGCAUUUUAGAUGGUAUUCUUUUGCCCUCUAUUUGUUUACGGGAUAUUUUUUUCACUC